AACACGCUGCGCAAUAGAGUUAAAAACGUGGCGCUCCAUAUCACUGACGAAGAAGAGCUUCCAACUCGAUAAAAAAAAAAUAAAAACAAUCUGCCGCAGAAAUGUUGGUAGUUUUCCUUUUGGAGCUGCUGUUGUACGCCUGGAGAACGGUUGUCCAUGCGCUGUUCCGGCUAUGGUUCGGCUUCACCAAGUCGCAGCAGCUUCCCCCGGUCCGUAACAGGCUCCUCCUCGAGACGGCCACUCAGCUCGCCGACAAGAUACGGAGAGGAGAGGUGAGGAGCUCGGACGUGGUUCAGGCGUACAUCGAGCGCAUCUCUCAAGUGCAGCCCUUGCUGAACGCUGUCGUGGCCGACAGGUUCGACGAUGCGCUCCGCGAGGCUGCUCUGUGCGACCAGCUUGUUCGCUCGGGAACCCGAACGCCGGAACAGUUGGCACGGGAGAAGCCGCUUCUGGGCGUCCCGUUCACGGCGAAGAACAGCGUCGCUAUCAAAGGCAUGCGGCAAGAUGCCGGGUCCCUGUACUACCGGGAACAGCUGGCCCAGAGGGACGCCGCUGUCGUCAGGCUCCUGCGAGACGCCGGGGCCAUUCCGCUAGCACUCACCAACGUUCCCGAGUUGUGCAUGUGGGGGGACACGUACAACAGAAUGCAGGGGGUGACGAGCAACCCGUACGACACCCGACGCACUCCCGGAGGGAGCAGCGGAGGUGAGGCAAGCCUGAUCGCUGCCGCGGGAUCCUUGCAGGGCAUAGGCACAGACAUCGCUGGAAGUAUUCGAUUGCCGUCUACCUAUUGCGGUCUCUUCGGACACAAGCCCACCGCAGGCAUUGUGUCCAACGAUGGACUCUUCCCAAAGUGGGGGGGCACUCUCUCCGAUUACAACUGCACGGGCCCCAUAUGUAGAUACGCCGAAGACCUUCCUACCAUGCUCAAGAUCAUGGCAGGUCCUAAUGCAUCAAGACUACUCCUGGACAAAGACGCCGUAGACUACCUUUCACGAGGACCAAAUCUUCGACACUUUGAACUCAACUUCGAGGAAUUCAAGAACGCUUACAACAUCUGGCUCGCGGCGUACAUCAAGUCCGAGGCACCUCCUUUCGGCGACGUUUUCAAGCGGGAAGAUGAGAAGAUGCAGCACAUGAAAGAGCUGUUGCGCACCCUAACGGGCGCCUGCAAACACACCCCAGCCGCCAUCAUGCUGUCUAAGGUCUCCAGCAUGCGUCGAGUUCACCAGCAGGCCUUCAUCGACAAGGCAUGGAGUAUGGCUUCGAGACUUCAGCAUCGCAUCGAAAACCUGCUCGGAGACAAUGCCGUCUUCUUGCUUCCCGGAACCACGAGCGCCGCCCUGUUUCACCACCAGGACAUCCUAUUUCCCGAAUCGCUGAGCAUGACCAGUCUGCUUAGCAUCCUUAAGCUUCCGGUGACCGCGUGUCCUGUCGUGCUGAACGACAAGGGCCUGCCAUUGGGCGUCCAGGUUGUCGCGUCAAGAGGUCAGGACCGCCUCUCGUUGGCUGUCGCUCGGGAGCUUCAACGAGGCUUUGGUGGAUGGAAAGAUCCCUCGGCGCAAAGUUGAAAACGCCGUCGUAACGGUCGCUGCCUCGAGGAGCAUGAACCGAAACUCUCUACAUUAAUAAAGACACGCUGUGCCAUAUGGUAACAAACAGA